GAAACGUCUGGUACGUCACUGUUUACAGUAAACGGCGCCACUAUGCCUUCAACCACCGGCGGGACGAGCUCUGCGCUGUCAUCAGCUGGCUUGAGUGCCAGUCAUGUGGCAAGCAAGGAAUACGGUAUCAACGCAGCCAAGCUCACGUUCUCGCCACAUCAGCGUCUACCACCGAAACCGAAAUUUCCCAAUUCUCGUAAAUCGCCCGUGCCACCGCUGUGUCAAAAUCGCGCACUACUGACACCAACAAAAUCGGGAACAAGAACGGCCCUGACUGGUACUUCACGCGCGCCCCGAGGUACGCCAUCGUAUAUGGCACCAACGCUUUCAUCACUCCAGAAAAUAAGGCCACGUUCAAAGUCAGUAUCUACUGCAUCCACAAAAACUCCACGCAUUGGGUACAAUUCCAAGCCAGUUUAUUGGCAGAACACUAGAUCCGGCUCAGUCAGCCGUAUUUCACGUCGACAACGCUUCCCGACUUCCCGGCCGACUUCGCAAGGAUCAACUCUGAAGUGGUAUUCUCGAGCUGCUCCCAAGCAAGCAUCCAUUGGAAGUCCUAUGACCGAUGAAGCGUUUGAGAGCGAACCGGAAUCGUCAAGAGCAUCAGCUCGAGCACGUCGCAAAGUCAUCGUAUGGCAACAAACAACGGCAGAGCCACUGCCGAGGAGCUCACGUUUUGAACGUUUUCCGACGAUUGGUGGUACUCCAAGAAGGCGUGGUGUGAGUCGCACCAACAGCUCAUUGUCGCUGACACCAAGUGGAACUUUCUGGAAAACCACAACACAAACAGCACCAGAAAGAACUUCACGCUGGGAUCGCUUCACUGAGCGCCAGAGGAUGGUGUCGGAACCAGGCCGAUCACGCUUCUCACGCUUUCACAUCCCGAUUUCGCAAGGGUCAACUCUGAAGUGGUAUUCCCGAGUUGCUGCCAAGCAAGCAUCCAUCGGAAGUCUCGUGACCGGAAAUGCGUUUGAGAGCGAACCAGGACCGUCUAGAGCAUCAACUCGAGUACGACGCAAAGUCAUCGUAUGGCAGCAAACGACGGCAGACCCACUGACGAGAAGCUCACGUUUUGAACGUUUUCCGACGACUAGUGGUACUCCAAGAAGCCGUGACAUGACUCGCACCAACAGCUCAUUGUCGCUGACACCAAGUGGAACUUUCUGGAAAACCACAACACAAACAGCACCAGAAAGAACUUCACGCUGGGAUCGCUUCACUGAGCGCCAGAGGAUGGUGUCGGAACCAGGCCGAUCACGCUUCUCACGCUUUCGCAGUCCGACUUUGCAAGGAUCUACUAUGAAGUGGUAUUCCCGAGCUGCUCCCAAGCACAGUCUCGUGACCGGAGAUGCGUUUAACAACGAACCAGGAUCGUCGACAGCAUCAGCUCGAGCACGUCGCAAACUUAUUGUAUGGCAGCAAACGACGGCAAAGCCACUGCCGAGAAGCUCGCGUUUUAAACGUUUUUCGACGACUAGUGGUACUCCAAAAAGUCGUGGUGCUACUGGCACCGACAGCUCGUUGUCGCUGACACCAAGUGGAACUUUCUGGAAAAGUGCAACCCAAAGAGGGCCAGAAAAAACUUCACGUUGGGAUCGCUUCCCUGAACCAGGCCGACUGCAUUUCUCACGCUUUCGCAGCCCUGCGUCGUAUCUAUCCACGGCUCGAACAACAAGCAGUCAGCUGCGUACAGCUCGACCCUGUAAGCAACUAUCUCCAAUGUCGCUGCUAAAGGUCCGAAGUGCACAGCAACCCUACACGACGCUCCUGCUCGGUCCAUCGUCUGAAUACCAAAUCGAGGAUACCCAAGCUACACUAGCAGCUGAUUCCUCGGAUGGAGACAGGGAGAAUCUUUUUUGGCAACAAACCUCGUCACAACCGCCACCCCGAACAUCACGUACGGUGCGU